CAGCACUCUUGGGCUGUCAGGCUGAUCAGAUCGGCGUCAUCGACCGGGGUUGGGGCUCGCCCAGGGGCGAGACUGAGCAGACCACCGCCCGGACUCAUUUGCAGCGGAAGGCUGAUAGAGGCGGGUCGAGGCGUAGACUUCCUUGCACGUCUCGUGUCUCCGUUCACAAUAGCAUUAGCUGAGAGUGAAUACGGGGGUUAACCGUUCGUACUUAAGCAAUGCAGCGCAACCGACUUGCGGUUUACGAAGAAUAAGAAGAAAAAGAGGAAGAGGAUCAGGAGGCCUGUCGAUGGACUAAUGGCUCCAGAGUGACAUGCCAUGGCUUUAAUGAUCCCGCCAGUGAAACUCAAAUGGCUGGAACACCUGAACAGCUCAUGGAUCACCGAGGACAGCGAGUCGAUAGCGACACGGGAGGGAGUCACGGUGCUCUACUCCAAACUCCUGGCCAACAAGGAGGUGGUGCUGUUGCCCCAGCAGGUGCUGUGUCUGAAGGGCCCCCAGCUUCCUGACUUUGAGCGCGAGUCUCUCUCCAGCGAUGAGCAGGAACACUAUCUGGACGCUCUGCUCAACAGCCAGUUGGCGCUGGCCAAGAUGGUCUGCUCUGACUCGCCGUUUGCGGCAGCACUACGAAAACGCGUGCUGGUGCUCCAGCGCAUCUUCUAUGCACUCUCCAACAAGUACCACGAUAAAGGAAAGGUCAAGCAGCAGCCGCAUUCUCCAGAGAACAACUCGGGCGCGGCUGAUCUGCAUUCGGUUAGCGAGCGGCCGCGUUCCAGCACCGACGCCCUCAUCGAGAUGGGGGUUCGUACAGGCCUUAGCCUCCUCUUUGCCCUGCUGCGCCAGAGUUGGAUGAUGCCUCCCCAACCUUGCCCGGGUGGGGGACCUGUGGGCACCAUAAACUUGUGUAAUGAUGUCAUCCACACAGCCAUCGAUGUGGUUAGCUCCCUCCCACCCCUGUCACUGGCCAACGAGAGUAAGAUUCCGCCAAUGGGCCUUGAUUGUCUGGCCCAGGUCACCACCUUUCUUAAAGGGGUGACUAUGCCAAACUCUGGGGCAGAUAUUUUGGGUCGACGACUUGCUUCAGAGCUUUUGUUGGGCCUGGCUUCUCAGAGGGGAUCCUUGCGCUAUCUACUGGAGUGGAUAGAGAUGGCGUUGGCAGCAGCAGCUGUGGUCAGUAGCCUGGACCAGAACAAGGGGCUCCAGGAUCAGGAGGGCCUCAUUAGUUAUGAUUGUUUUGUUAACAUCCUGAUGCAGAUGAGACGCUCUCUGGGCUCGUCAGCAGAUCGGAGCCAGUGGAGAGAACCCACACGGACGCCCGACGGCCUCUGCUCACUCUAUGAGGCUGCACUCUGCCUGUUUGAAGAAGUCUGCAGAAUGGCUUCGGACUACUCUCGCACCUGUGUCAGCCCUGACAGCAUCCAGACUGGCGAGGCCCCUGUGGUGUCGGAGACCUGUGAGGUGUACGUGUGGGGCAGUAACAGUAGCCAUCAGCUCGUGGAGGGGACACAGGAGAAGAUCCUUCAGCCCAAGCUUGCUGCCAGUUUUGCAGAUGCUCAGACAAUUGAGGCAGGCCAGUACUGCACCUUCGUCAUCUCCUCUGACGGCUCCGUUCGGGCCUGCGGUAAAGGCAGCUACGGCCGCCUGGGCCUCGGGGACUCCAACAACCAGUCAACACUUAAGAAGCUGACCUUUGAACCCCACCGUGCCAUCAAGAAGGUGUCAUCCUCUAAGGGCUCAGAUGGUCACACUUUAGCUUUCACAACAGAGGGUGAGGUGUUCAGCUGGGGUGACGGUGAUUAUGGAAAACUGGGUCACGGGAACAGCUCCACACAAAAGUACCCUAAGCUCAUCCAGGGGCCCCUGCAGGGGAAGGUGGUCGUCUGUGUGUCUGCAGGCUACAGACACAGUGCAGCAGUCAGUGAGGAUGGAGAGCUCUACACAUGGGGUGAAGGAGACUUCGGAAGAUUAGGUCACGGCGACAGCAACAGCAGAAACAUUCCUACAGUAGUUAAGGACAUUAGCAACGUGGGGGAGGUUUCCUGUGGCAGCUCCCACACCAUCGCACUGUCGAAGGACGGACGCACCGUGUGGUCGUUUGGAGGCGGAGACAAUGGAAAACUGGGUCACGGUGACACCAACAGGGUCUACAAGCCAAAGGUGGUGGAGGCCCUUCAGGGGAUGUUCAUCAGAAAAGUGUGUGCAGGAAGCCAGUCAUCACUGGCACUGACCUCCACUGGACAGGUGUAUGCCUGGGGCUGCGGGGCCUGCCUCGGCUGCGGCUCCUCUGAGGCCACAGCACUCCGUCCUAAACUGAUAGAGGAGCUGGCCACCACCAGAGUGGUGGACAUCUCUAUCGGGGACAGCCACUGCCUGGCCCUCUCUCACGACAAUGAAGUAUACGCAUGGGGCAACAACUCCAUGGGCCAGUGUGGUCAGGGCAACUCAACGGGGCCAAUCACCAAGCCCAAGAAGGUGGUGGGUCUGGACGGAGUGGCUGUGCAGCAGAUCUCAGCUGGAACGUCUCACAGUCUGGCCUGGACGGCACUGCCCAGAGACAGACAGGUGGUGGCGUGGCACAGACCCUACUGUGUCGACCUUGAAGAAAGCACUUUCUCUCACCUGCGCUCCUUCUUGGAACGCUACUGUGACGGCAUCAACAGUGAAGUUCCUCCUCUUCCCUUCCCCUCCUCCAGGGAACAUCAUAGCUUUCUUAAAUUGUGCCUUCGGCUCUUGUCCAAUCAUUUGGCUCUGGCUCUGGCUGGAGGCGUGGCCACCAGUAUUUUGGGUCGACAGGCGAGGCCGUUGAGGAACCUGCUCUUCAGACUGAUGGACUCGUCUGUUCCAGAUGAAAUCCAAGAGGCGGAGCGUGAGACACUCUCUGUGGGAGCCACCAUGCUGCUGCCUCCUCUGAGGGAGAGGAUGGAGCUCCUUCACUCCCUGCUGCCUCAGGGUCCUGACAGAUGGGAGAGUCUGUCUAAAGGCCAGAGAAUGCAGCUGGACAUCAUUCUGACCAGUCUCCAGGACCACACCCACGUGGCCUCACUGCUGGGCUACAGCUCUCCUGCUGAUGGCCCUGAGGUGCUGUCCUCUGGCCUGGGAUUCUCAGCUUCCCCAGACCUGGCCUUCAGUGCCACAGCAGGACAUCCGGACACACACCUGGCUGAGAUCCUGAUGAAGACGCUGCUCAGGAACCUGGGCUUUUACACUGAUCAGGCGUUUGGGGAGCUGGAGAAGAACAGCGACAAACUGCAGCCUGGCACGUCGUCCUCUGACAGCAGCCAGCCGGCCCACCUUCACCAGCUGCUCUGCUCUCUGCAGAAGCAGCUGUUAGCCUACUGCCACAUCAACGCAGUCACUGAGAACUCCAGCAGUGUGGCUUUGCUCCACAAACACCUUCAGCUGCUGCUUCCUCACGCCACAGACAUCUUCUCCCGCUCUGCCACACUGAUUAAGGAGAGCUCCUGUAACGGCAGCAUACAAGAAAAACUAAGAGAUGUGAUAUUUGUGUCGGCAGCGGGGAGCAUGCUGUGUCAGAUCAUCAACUCUUUGCUGCUGCUUCCUGUGUCUGUUGCGAGGCCUCUGUUGAACCACCUGUUGGACCUCCUUCCUCCUCUCGACCGGCUGAACAGACUCCUUCCUGCUGCCUAUCCUCUGGAGGACCAGGAGCUGCAGUGGCCUCUUCACGGUACAUCUGACUUUGCUGAGCCUGGAAUGUCCCUGCCUCAGCCUGCUCUGUCCUGGGUGUGGCUGGUGGACCUGGAGAGGACGAUUGCUCUGCUGAUUGGACGAUGUCUCGGUGGGAUGCUUCAGGGAGCCUGCACCUCUCUGGAGGAACAGGACACUGCCUACUGGCUCAAAACACCGCUUUUUAACAACGGCCUUGAAACAGAGAUUCCUCAGAUGGAUUCAUCCAUCAGCUCCCUGUUGGAGGCGGCUCUUUGUGGAAAUGAGGAGCAGAAGCCGUUUGACUGCACCCUGGGUCCGGACCUGAGCAUGCUGGUGGACCUGGCUCUGGGUUCCUGUAAAGAACCUGCCAACAGCCUGUGGAUCAACAUGCAGGACUACGCUGUCAGCAAAGACUGGGACAAUGCCUCUAUCAGCAACGAGUCUCUGUUGGACACCGUGUCCAGGUUUGUGCUGGCAGCUUUACUGAAGCACAGCGGUCUGCUGAGCCAGGCCUGUGGAGAGGGCAGAUACCAACCAUCCAAGACUCUGGCUGAGGUUUAUCGUAGUGUUUACAAAGUACGGAACCGUCUGCUGGCCUGUAAGAACAUGGACUUCAUCCAAACUAGAUCGUCUUCCCGUGAGAGGAGGAACUCAGACAAUCAGGAUUCUCUGGACCUGGACCCUCAGGAACAUUCCUUCACACGUACCAUCGAUGAGGAGGCAGAGCUCGAAGAGAGAACCGGCCGGGAGCGAGAAGAGGGCCACCAGGAACAAGAUGAAGAGGAGGAGCAACAUGAAGUGAUGACAGCAGGAAAAAUCUUUCAAUGUUUCCUCUCAGCGCGGGACGUGGCUCGCAGCCGAGACAGGGAGCGGGCGAGCAGCUGCACCGGCCUGGGCUCAACCUCAGGUUCCAGGAGUGGAGGAGGAGGAGCAGGAGGAGUAGGAAGUGGUGCAGAAGAGGACACUAUUCUGUCCCAGGAGAGGAGGCUGGGCGACGCCGCUCUCCCAGAGGGACAGGACCUGUACACGGCAGCCUGUAAUUCGGUGAUCCACAGGUGCGCUCUGCUGCUGCUCGGUGUAAGUCCAGUGCUCUGUGAACUGAGCAAACAGAACCAGGAGGAGGGUCCGACCAAAUCCACCUCAGGGACGAACGAGUGUCUGAGCUUCAUGACCAGGAGUGAGAGUCUGAGCGCGGAGAGCCGCUCGGUGCAGAACAGUCCGAGUUACAGGCUGAUCAAGUCCAGGAGUGAGUCUGACCUGUCGCAGCCAGAGUCGGAUGAGGAGAGUUACACCCUGUUAAUCUGCACCGGCCUGGGCUCAACCUCAGGUUCCAGGAGUGGAGGAGGAGGAGCAGGAGGAGUAGGAAGUGGUGCAGAAGAGGACACUAUUCUGUCCCAGGAGAGGAGGCUGGGCGACGCCGCUCUCCCAGAGGGACAGGACCUGUACACGGCAGCCUGUAAUUCGGUGAUCCACAGGUGCGCUCUGCUGCUGCUCGGUGUAAGUCCAGUGCUCUGUGAACUGAGCAAACAGAACCAGGAGGAGGGUCCGACCAAAUCCACCUCAGGGACGAACGAGUGUCUGAGCUUCAUGACCAGGAGUGAGAGUCUGAGCGCGGAGAGCCGCUCGGUGCAGAACAGUCCGAGUUACAGGCUGAUCAAGUCCAGGAGUGAGUCUGACCUGUCGCAGCCAGAGUCGGAUGAGGAGAGUUACACCCUGAGUGGAAGAAGAAAUGUUGAACUGGACUUGACAUUCUCCCAGAAAAAAAGAGGUUUUCUCCACAGCUCUCCAGACUCUCUGGCUGAUACCUGGUUCAGAGCCAAACUGAGCCGCCAGCGCAGCUACGGCUCUGCCAACUCCUACGAGGAGUCGGACCUAGACCUGAGCCACUCCCUGGGUGUACACGCUCUCAUCGACAACAUGGUCAGUUACACCAUCGGUGAUGUGGGCCCGGCGCCGGCUUUCAAGGAGCUGGAGGAGGGGAUGUCCACCAGCCCUCAGGCCAUCACUCUGGCUAUGGAACAGCAGCAGAGCAGAGCUGAGUUGCGGCUGGAGGCGCUCCACCAGAUUGUGGUUCUGAUCUCUGGUAUGGAGGAGAAGGGGAGUCAUCCCGACUUCCACUCCUCCUCCCUGCUCACCUCAGUGAGACUCCAGUUCCUGGCCGGGUGUUUUGGUCUCGGCACCGUUGGCACCGGAGGACUGAAGAGAGAGUGUGUCCAGCUGCACCACUACCAGGAUGGAGUCAAAGCAGCGAAGAGAAGUCUACAACUAGAAAUCCAAACAGCCGUCCACAAGAUCUACCAGCAGUUGUCUUUCACCCUCGAGAGGGCGCUGCAGACCAACAAACAUCAUAUUGAAGCGCAGCAGCGCCUCCUACUGGUGACGGUGUUUGCCCUGAGUGUUCGGUACCAGCCGGUGGACGUCUCCCUGGCCAUUUCUAGCGGGCUCCUCAACGUGCUGUCUGAGCUCUGCGGCACUGAGACCAUGCUGGGUCAGCCUCUCCAGCUGCUCCAAAAACCUGGCGUGUCUCAGCUCAGCAUCGCCCUGAAGAUGGCGUCCACCCGCCUGCUGCAAAUACUGGCCAUCAGCACAGGAACAUAUGCGGAGAAGUUGAGUCCGAAGGUGGUGCAGUCUCUGCUGGACCUGCUCUGCAGUCAGCUGAAGAACCUGCUGUCUCAGGCAGGAGUCAGCAUUCUGUCCUCGGGGAAAGACAAAGAGGACAGCAAACACGAAGAUGGUGCUGAUGCUGAGAAGAAGGACCUGAGAGGUCUUCUCUGUAAGCAGCACACAGCAGAGCUUCAUCUGGGAGACUUCCUGGUCUUCCUCAGAAGAGUGGUGUCCUCCAAAGCCAUCCAGUCCAAGAUGGCUUCCCCGAAAUGGACUGAAGUGCUGCUCAACAUCGCUGCUCAAAAAUGUUGCUCAGGAGUUCCUUUGGUUGGGAACUUGAGGACUCGGUUGUUGGCUCUUCAUGUGCUGGAGGCUGUGCUGCCGGCCUGUGAGGCCAGUAUGGAGGAAGACCAGAUGACCACGGUGGUGGAGCGUCUGUUCUCCCUGCUCUCUGACUGCAUGUGGGAGGCUCCUGUGGCUCAGGCGAAGCACCUGAUCCAGAUUAAAGAAAAAGUCCAAGAACUCAAAGUACAGGGUGAGGUGGCGGAGGAGGAGGAUGAGAAUCUUCCUAUUCAGGAAGUGUCCUUCGACCCAGAGAAGGCUCAGUGCUGUGUGGUGGAGAACGGCCAGGGCCUGACUCAUGGCAGCGGCGGGAAAGGCUACGGCCUGGCCUCCACUGGAAUCUCAUCUGGAUGUUACCAGUGGAAGUUUUACAUUGUGAAAGAAAAUCGCGGCAACGAGGGCACGUGUGUGGGCGUGUCUCGUUGGCCCGUGCAUGACUUCAACCACCGCACCACCUCAGACAUGUGGUUGUACCGGGCCUACAGCGGAAACCUCUAUCACAACGGUGAGCAAACGCUGACUCUGAGCAGCUUCACUCAGGGAGACUUCAUCUCCUGCGUCCUGGACAUGGAGGCCAGAACCAUCAGUUUUGGAAAGAACGGAGAGGAGCCCAAGUUAGCCUUUGAAGACGUGGACGCCACAGAACUUUAUCCCUGUGUGAUGUUCUACAGCAGUAACCCAGGAGAAAAGGUGAAGAUCUGUGACAUGCAGAUGAGGGGAACCCCUCGAGACCUUUUACCCGGUGACCCGGUCUGCAGCCCGAUGGCCACAGUCCUGGCUGAGGCCACCACUCAGCUGAUCCGCAUUUUACAUCGCACCGACCACUGGACCCACCGCAUCAACAAAACCAUCAUUGAACGACUUCACAAAAUCAAGCUGUGCUUCAGAGACGCAGCCAGUAUGUCAGGCGGGGUCGGGGGUCAGAGGCUGAAGAAGAGCCGCUCCGUCCAGAGCCGCGAGGAGCACGACGCCCAAAGAGAAAGUCAAGAAUCAACUGCAAAAACGGACGAGGAUAGGGGGCGCCAAGGUCGGCACCACGGUCUCGGGGAGUUGUCGGAGCAGAACCUGAAAACGCUGUGCACAGAGGUGUGGCCAGUGCUGGCAGUGAUCGGCGGCGCGGACACUGGCCUCCGGGUCGGUGGACGAUGUGUUCACAAACAAACUGGCCGCCAUGCCACUCUGCUGGGUGUGGUGAAGGAGGGCAGCACCUCGGCUAAGGUUCAGUGGGAUGAAGCUGAAAUCACCCUCAGCUUCCCAACUUUUUGGUCACCUAGCGACACGCCACUGUACAACCUGGAGCCGUGCGAGCCGUUGCCGUUCGACGUCUCUCGUUUCUGUGGCCUGACCGCGUCCCUGCUGCUGGACAUCACCUACCUCACCAGCAUCCACGAGGACACGGCCGCCAGGCUCAGCACGCGACGUCACGACAGGAAGCACCGCACUACCUCGUCAACCACGCAUGAGCCGACGGCCAAUGAGGACAAAGUAGACAACGAGAGGCACAACUGUAAUGAACAAAAGGACGGCGUGGGGGGCGCUCCGAGCACCACGACCUCUGAACUGCGUGUGUCUCAUAGUCUGGACGAGGUGAGGGCGCACGCGGCCCCUAACUCCAAGUCGGAGAACGAGAUCUCCUCGGUGGUCUGUGGGAACGACACAGUCUGCCCCACUACAGCUCCUGCUGGGGCAAACAGAAAGAAAGGUCAUGAACAUUGCCCCCGGGGUCAUGACCCCACUCCUUGCAUUGCCACGCAGUCAGAGAUUCAUGCGGUGCAGUUGUCCUACCUCUACCUGGGAGCCAUGAAGACCCUGAGCGCCCUGCUGAGCUGCAGCAAAUAUGCUGAGCUGCUGCUCAUCCCAAAGGUGUUACCUGACGCAGCCCCCAGUGGUCACAAUGCCGAUCUAAAUGUGGGCACCACGGGGACCGCAGCUGCCGCCUCACCCUUCUGUCAGGAGGAGGCGGAGAUGAGGGCGGCUCUGCAGUUUCUCAUGCGUCACAUGGUGAAGCGAGCGGUGAUGCGAUCGCCUAUCAAACGCGCCCUGGGCCUCGCCGACCUGGAGAGAGCUCAGGCGGUGAUCUACAAGUUGGUGGUGAACGGGCUGCUGGAAGAACCGUGUGGAGGAAAGGUCAAGACGGGAAUACGAAAUGAGCCAGAGGUUGAGGGCGAAGGUCCAGAGUGUGAGGAGUUGGCCCAAACACCGGUCACCACCAGCCCCUCUGCCUCCAGCACCACCUCCUUCAUGAGCUCCUCCCUUGAAGACACUACCACGGCCACCACACCGGUCACUGACACAGAGACUGUUCCAGCCUCCGAGUCUCCGGGGGUCAUGCCACUCAGCCUCCUCAGACAAAUGUUCUCCAGCUACCCCACCACCACCCUGGUUCCCACCCGUCGAGCUCAGACUCCCCCGGUGUCGUCGCUGCCGACGUCUCCCUCCGAUGAAGUGGGUCGCAGGCAGAGCCUCACAUCCCCUGACUCGCAGCCCUCCAGGCCUCAGAACAGAACGGGUACCUCUCUGUCAGAUCCUACCAGCAGACUGUCGACCUCUCCUCCUCCUCCUGCCAUUGCUGUGCCUCUGCUGGAGAUGGGCUUCUCCCUGCGGCAGAUCACCAAAGCUCUGGAGGCCACAGGUGCCAGAGGAGAGGCCGACGCUCAGAACAUCACGGUGCUGGCCAUGUGGAUGAUUGAAAAUCCAGAUACAGAGGAUGAACACGAGGAGCCUCACCCUAGAGGUGGGAGCAGUGGCUGCAACGAAGGCUCUGAAUCCUCUUGUCCUGGGGCGAUGGCUGGGGGCAAAUCCAUGGACAGGAGUUCCUACAUGUGCUCCCCGGCGGACAUCGCCAGUGCAGACGCUUCAGAAGUUGAGGAGGGUUUUAGUGACAGUCCUGAAGGCUUGGAACAGGAAAAUGCGUCAUCUUCCAGUGGUGGCGCUCUAAGAGGACGUUCAGCUGUUGGUAGGAAACAUCGAUUUGACUUGGCUGCUCGAACGCUUUUAGCCCGUGCUGCCGGGCUGUACCGCUCAGUGCAGGCUCACCACACUCAGUCACGACGAGACCUGUCAUCGCAGCAGCAGCAGCAACCGCAGCAGCAGCAGCAACAACAGCAGCAGCAGCAACAGCAACAGCAGGACCCAAGUGCCAUGUAUGACUUCAACCUUGAUGAGGAACUCGAGAUGGACUUGGAUGAGGCGACCAUGGAGGCCAUUUUUGGACAGGACCUCGCAAGUGACAACGACAUUCUGGGAAUGUGGAUCCCGGAGGUACUGGACUGGCCAACAUGGCACGUGUGUGAGACUGACGACCGAGAUGAGGUCGUCGUGUGCGAGUUGUGCGAGGCCAACGUGGCCAACUUUAAUCAACACAUGAAGAAGAGUCAUCCAGGCUGCGGACGCAGCGCCAACCGCCAAGGGUACCGCAGCAAUGGCUCAUACGUGGACGGCUGGUUUGGAGGAGAGUGUGGCAGUGGGAAUCCUUACUACCUGCUGUGUGGGAGCUGCAGGGAGAAGUACCUGGCCAUCAAGAGCAAGGCUAAGGUCCCUGUGGUGGACAGGUACAAAGGACAAGCUCCGGAUCUCCUGGGUAAACAGGACAGUGUCUAUGAAGAGGACUGGGACAUGCUGGAUGUUGAUGAAGAUGAUAAACUGACGGGAGAGGAAGAGUUUGAACUCUUGACCGGACCCCUGGGUCUGACUGAAAAAAGGAUCGUCCCAGAGGCCGUCCAGUUCCCUGACAGUGACCCACUGGGAGCUUCUGUCGCCAUGGUGACGGCGGCCAACAGCAUGGAGGAGACGCUCCUUCAGAUCGGCUGUCAGACGGUCGUGGAUAAGACUUCAUCAGGCAGGGUGACACUGGGUGAACAGGCCACCGCCUUACAGAACCCACAUGACCGUGUGAUGGCGCUGAGGAGGGUGACGGCCGCAGCUCAGGUGCUGCUGGCCAGGACCAUGGUCAUGAGAGCGCUGUCGCUGCUGUCUGUCAGUGGAUCAAGCUGCAGUCUGGCAGCAGGUCUGGAGUCUCUGGGUCUGACCGACAUCAAGACCCUGGUCAGACUAAUGUGCCUGGCGGCUGCGGGCCGGGCUGGUCUCUCCACCAGUCCGUUGUCGACUUCCGGCCAUUCUGAAAGACCCCGCGGGGCCACCAAGGCCAGCAAACCCAUCUCGUGCCUGGCGUACCUCAGCACGGCCGUGGGCUGCCUGGCGUCCAACAGUCCUAAUGCGGCCAAGCUGCUGGUCCAACUCUGCACCCAGAACUUGAUCUCUGCAGCCACCGGCAUGAACCUGACCACGGUGGACGACCCCAUCCAGAGGAAGUUCCUGCCCAGUUUUCUACGCGGCGUCGCUGAGGAGAACAAGCUCAUUACCUCCCCGAACUUCGUGGUGACACAGGCGCUGGUGGCUCUGCUGGCAGAUAAAGGAGCGAGACUCAGGCCGGUGUACGACAAGGCUGAGACAGAGAAAAGAGGUUUAAUUGCGCAUUUGUAUGCCAAUCCUUCCCAUAAUCCUUCCGCUGUAGGCCCCCUGGAGCUGGCCAACGCGCUGGCGGCCUGCUGUCUGUCGACCAGGCUCUCUUCACAGCACCGCCAAUGGGCGGCCCAGCAGCUGGUCCGCACGUUGGCCGCACACGACCGCGACAACAACCAGAGCUGCCCGCAGACCUUCGCUGACAUGGCCGGAGACCUGCGGAAAUGCUCCUUCAUCAAACUGGAGGCUCAUCAGAGCAGGGUCAUGAUGUGCGGCUGGUGCAGUAAGAAAGGCCUGUUGGCCACCAGUGGGAACGACGGAACAGUCAGAGUUUGGAACGUGACGAAGAACCAGUACACACUGCAGCAGACCUGCAUCUUCAACAAGGAUGAUGGAUCCUCAGAAGAAGGCGUGUCUGGACUGGGGUCACCUGGAGACUUAUGUCUGUCCCCGUUGGCUUGGAGUGUCACUGGGAAAUAUUUUGCCGCUGCCAUGGACAAAAUGGUCAACAUCUGGCAAGUUAACGGUGGUAAAGGUCUCCUGGAUGUGCAGCCCCACUGGGUGUCUGCUCUUGCGUGGCCCAGAGAGGAGGCGGAGUCUCUGUGGUGUGGGGAGCCCAAGGACAUGCUGCUGGUGGGACGGAUGGACGGAUCUUUGGGCCUGAUCGAGGUGCUGGACUCCGCCACCAUGCAUCGCACAGAGCUGGAGCACUGCUACAGGAAGGACGUGGCAGUGAUGCACGUGGCCUGGUACAGCGAGGACAAGCCGUUUGCUGUGGGCUACGCCGAUGGGAAGCUGCUGAUGGGCUCCAAGGAACCCUUAGAAAAGGACGCCGUUGUUGUCAUCGACGCUCAUAAGGAGUCCAUCAGCUGUAUGAAGUGGAGUCCCACCGGUCAGAUCCUGCUCACCUGUGCCAAAGAGGAGACGGUGAAGCUCUGGGCGUGUCAGGACCCGGCCUCUGGCUGGCGCUGCCUCCAGAGUCUCCGACAUCCUUCUAAUGUUAACAGUGUUGCCUGGUGCAAUCUGCUCGGGCGGGGGUCCAAGCCCCUCAACAUGUUUGCCAUAUGCUGCCAGAACGGUCUGAUCUCAGUCUGGAGCGUUCCUCAGGACGCCUCUAAUUUCCCAGAAUCCUCUUCAUUUGAGUCAGAAGGAUGGUGGGAGAACGAGGAGAAACCCAAGUUCAUGUCCCCAAAGUGGUCAAAGGAUGGCGUCACAUGUGUGUUUCAACUGAAGGGUCACAUCACUCCAGUCAAAACUCUGGCCUUCAGCCCUGAUGGUCUCGCUCUGGCGUCUGGAGGAGUGGGAGGUCUCAUGAACAUCUGGUCCUUGAGGGACGGCUCCGUGCUCCAGACGGUCGUUGCCGGAUCAGGAGCGAUUCAGAACAUAGUGUGGAUUCCUGAUGUGGGUGUGGCCGUUUGUUCCAACAGGUCAAAGGACGUGCUGGUCGUGAACUGCUCCAAAGAGUUCAUGACGUCAAACCACGUUCUGGCCACGUGUCGCACGGCUCUGAAGAAACAGGGUGUGAUUGGACUGAACGUGGCGCCCUGUAUGAGAGCCUUCCUGGAGAGACUUCCUGUCAUGCUGCAGGAGCAGUACGCCUACGAGAAGCCUCACGUCGUCUGUGGGGAGCAGCUCAUCCACAGCCCCUACAUGCAGUGUUUGGCCUCCCUGGCUGUGGGUCUCCACCUGGACCACCUUCUGUGCUGCCCCGCUGCACCACCGCAUCUCCGACACUGCCCGCCUGAGUCCGGCAUAGCGGUGUGGCGCACCACAGAGUGGGCCUGGUUAGACUGCUUCUCCACCACGGUCAAGGUGGCGGAGGCUCUGGCUCGAGGCGCCACGUUCCCCGAGUCCUUCUCCGUUCCCGACCUGGAGCCUGUCCCUAAAGAUGAAAUGAAUUUUCUCAUGGACAACAGCAAAUGGUCGCCUGGUAUGGAUGAACAGAUCAUGUCCUGGGCCACAUCCAGACCAGAGGACUGGCAUCUGGGAGGGAAGUGUGACGUGUAUCUGUGGGGGGCCGGUCGACACGGUCAGUUGGCGGAGGCCGGCAGGAACAUCCUGGUUCCCUCCACGGCUCCGUCGUUCUCUCAGGCCCAACAGGUGGUCUGUGGUCAGAACUGCACCUUUGUGAUUCAGCCCAACGGGACGGUGUUGGCCUGUGGUGAAGGCAGCUACGGCCGUCUGGGACAAGGAAACUCGGACGAUCUGCACGUGCUCACUGUCAUUUCAGCUCUGCAGGGCUUCGUCGUGACGCAGCUGGUGACGUCAUGUGGCAGUGACGGCCACUCCAUGGCGCUGACGGAGAGCGGCGAGGUGUUCAGCUGGGGCGAUGGCGACUACGGUAAACUGGGCCAUGGAAACAGCGACCGCCAACGUCGACCGAGGCAGAUCGAAGCCCUGCAGGGGGAGGAGGUGGUCCAGAUGUCAUGUGGGUUUAAACACUCCGCCGUGGUCACUGCUGACGGGAAACUCUUCACCUUUGGUAACGGAGAUUACGGUCGGCUGGGACUGGGAAACACCUCCAACAAAAAGCUGCCAGAGAAGGUCAUGGCCCUGGAGGGCUACAGAGUAGGACAGGUGGCGUGUGGCCUGAAUCACACUCUGGUUGUCUCUGCUGAUGGAAUGAUGGUUUGGGCAUUUGGUGAUGGAGACUAUGGGAAACUGGGACUGGGUAACUCCACAGCCAAGUCGUCCCCUCAGAAAAUCGACGUUCUCUGUGGCCUCGGUAUCAAGAAAGUGGCGUGUGGAACACAGUUCUCUGUGGCCUUGACCAAAGACGGCAAAGUUUACACUUUUGGACAAGACCGCCUCAUUGGUCUCCCCGAGGGCCGAGCCAGGAACCACAACCGACCCCAGCAGGUGUCGGCUCUGUCGGGCGUCCACAUCCAGGACAUCGCUGUGGGGGCGGAGCACACUCUGGUGAUGUCAUCCACAGGAGACGUUUACACCUGGGGCAGCAACUCAGAGGGACAGCUGGGCCUGGGUCACACCAACCACGUCAGAGAACCCACACUGGUGACGGCGCUGCAGGGAAAGAACAUCAACCAGAUUUCUGCAGGACGCUGCCACAGUGCAGCAUGGACGGCUCCCUCUGUGCCACCGCGUGCACCAGGCUCGUCAGUUCCUCUGCAGCUCGGCCUCCCUGUGGCCGUGCCUCCUCAGUACAACGGGCUGAAAGAGGUGAGCAUGGAGGCGCUGAGAGCUCGCCUUCGCCUCCUCUACCACUUCUCCGAUCUCAUGUACUCGUCGUGGAGAGGAUGCUGACCCUCAGCCAUAACAACCAGCUGCACCUCCCACUACAACCCUGGGACCUGGGGGAUUGUCCAGGGUCAACUGAGGCCACUGUUGGCCCCCAGGGUCUACACCCUGCCAAUGGUGCGCUCCAUUGGUAAAACCAUGGUGCAAGGAAAAAAUUACGGCCCCCAGAUCACUGUCAAAAGAAUUGCCACCAGGGGCAGGAAGUGUAAGCCCAUCUUUGUGCAGAUCGCUCGGCAGGUCGUGAAGCUGAACGCCUCCGACCUCAGACUGCCGUCCAGGGCUUGGAAGGUGAAGCUGGUGGGCGAGGGGGCCGACGACGCGGGAGGCGUCUUUGAUGACACGAUCACAGAGAUGUGUCAGGAGCUGGAGACAGGGGUGGUGGACCUCCUCAUCCCCUCCCCCAACGCUACUGCUGAGGUCGGCUACAACAGAGACAGGCUCCUUCUGAACCCGUCUGCCUGCCAUGAUGAACACAUGCUCCAGUUUAAGUUCCUGGGCAUCCUGAUGGGUGUGGCCAUCCGCACCAAGAAACCUCUGGACCUCCACCUGGCCCCUCUGGUCUGGAAGCAGCUGUGCUGCAUCCCUCUGUUCCUGGAGGACCUGGAGGAGGUGGACCUCCUCUACGUGCAGACCCUGAAGAGCAUUCUUCACGUCGACAACAGUGGAAUCACUGAGGAGAACUUCCAUGAGAUGAUUCCUCUGGACUCCUUUGUGGGUCAAAGUGCAGAUGGGAAGAUGGUACCCAUCAUCCCAGGAGGAAACAGCAUUCCUCUCACUUUUUCCAACAGGAAGGAGUACGUGGAACGAGCCAUCGAGUACAGGCUGCACGAAAUUGAUCGACAGGUGGCGGCGGUUCGCGAGGGCAUGUCGUGGAUCGUGCCGGUUCCGCUGCUGUCCCUGCUGACGGCUAAACAGCUGGAGCAGAUGGUGUGUGGGAUGCCGGAGAUCUGCUGCGACGUGCUGAAGAAGGUGGUGCGCUACCGGGAGGUGGACGAGCAGCACUCGCUGGUGCAGUGGUUCUGGCAGACUCUGGAGGAGUUCUCCAACGAGGAGCGAGUCCUCUUCAUGCGCUUCGUCUCCGGUCGCUCCAGGCUGCCGGCCAACACGGCCGACAUCUCUCAGAGGUUCCAGAUCAUGAAAGUGGACCGCCCGUACGACAGCCUGCCCACGCCUCAAACCCGCUUCUUCCAGCUCCGCCUGCCUCCGCCCACUGAUGCAGGGGGGGUUAGGAGGGGAGGAGAGCCCCCCCUCUGCACAGAAACAAACAAGACUCCCAGGAAAUGA